GAAAGUGAAAGUAUGUAAAGUGUUUGUUCAGUGACUGGGCCAUGAAGCAGCUACAGUAUAAAAGCCUGAAGAGGACUGGAGGUACAUCCGUUGAUGGACACUGGGAUGAUGAAGCUGUCAGUGUUGUUGCUGCUGGUCCUGCUGCCUCUGUCCUCAGCCACGCCUCUGGACCUCGGAGACAACACAGAGCAGAGAGAUGUCUCUGAGUUGACCGCCGAUGGAUCAGUGCUCGCAGAUCGACCCCCUUUGACUGUUGCCAAGUUGAGGCAGAGGAGGCAGGUUCAGUCUUCUACUCCUGUGUCUACUGAUAGCUCUAACCUGGAGUGGGUGAUUUGGAACAACUCUCUCCCUAACGAUGCUGUUGCAAUUUACAAUGAAUAUGUUGGUCGUACUGAUUAUGUCUGCAAAUUCCAGUGUGAGGCUGGCUUUUAUAAUCCUAGUGAGGGUCCUUAUUGUCACUAUGCCAAAUCAAAUAAAGCAUAUCUUGGUUCCCCAUUUGAGAUCCUGGUAAACAAAGACAACUUUGAGAUCCUGGAGUGGAACGAUGGUUCAUAUGGUUCAGUUCCCCAGAAUUCAGUCCGAACCUGCCCUGGGGUGAACAUAUAUGUAGGGCAGAACAAAUAUGGACUUGGGGAAGUGUCUACUCAGGAUAAGUGCUUUUACCUACCUUGGAAAGGUUCUGAAUAUUGGUAUAGAGACUACCAGGUUCUGACCAUCAAUGAGAAUAUAGUUAGCCAGAAGAUCUAUGAUGUCAAGUAUAUCACUGAUGAGUCUAAAACCUUUCAGUAUCCUCCAGAGAUCAUGCGUAAAACAGUCAUCAACAACAAUGAAUGCAGCACAGUGACUAAAACAGAUACCCUCACACAGUCAUAUGAGGCGCAGCAAAGGUGGGACAUUAACUUUUCUUUCAGUGUGGGUGUUAGUACGACCAUCGAAGCCGGCAUCCCUCUUAUCGCCGAGGAUGAUGUCACAUUCAGCACUGAGGUGGCUUUCCAGUACUCUAAGGGGAACACUGUGACAGAAACUAACACAGACACUGUUAGUGUGGAGAUCACAGCCCCGCCAAACCACUCCUGCACUGCUACUAUGAAGCGCCUUAAGUACAAACUUAACAUCCCGUUCACAGCACUCUUCAGCCGCACCUAUGGUAACGGGGAAAUCCACACGAUGUCUAUCACAGGAAUGUAUGACAGCGUUCAGACAGCAGAGAUCCAGGCUGAGAUGGACCGAUGUGAAGUUCUCAACAACUCCAAGCCUUGCACAUGAAAUACCAAAAGCCACAUAAUGUGUCACAUAAUGCAUCUCUAUAUUUGAUGUGGGGGUUGGUAACCAGCUCUUGUUCCUGGGAUUCUGUGUAAUUUAAAUGCUUUUAAUGAAGACACUUUGAAUGGAAGCUAAUGAAUGAAUGUAAUAUAAUGAGUAGAACAUAGAAGAUAUGAUGUUUAAAAAAUUGGUGCCUUAAUGAAUUGUUUUGUUUCUAAUAUAAUCACCUGACAUUUCAAAAUUCUUUUGUUACUCACUUGGUUUCAUUGUGCAGUUUGACACUAGAAGGAUGUUUCACCUCCUGCAGAGAGGGAGAAGUUUCAGCUCACCACAAAUCUUAGUUUAAAAGCAUUUAUGACAGUGGUUUUGACCACGUUUUGUAUUACAUAUAUAGGGCUUUGAACUCCUUUUUGUACAUUACUUUUAAAUAAUCUUUUAUUUUUUAAUCCAUAUUGUUGUUGCUGUACACACUUUGUAAAUUGGCUUUAGAAAAGUUUUAAACAGGUAAAUGAUG